AGUGAUGGUGUUUAUUUUCUUAUUAUCUGGAUCUUGUGCCAACGUUAAGUUGAUCAGAAUAAAAACUUGAGUUUUGAAUAGGAACACAAAUGGCUCAAGGACAAAUUAGUAAGGGAGAUUCUGAAGUUCAAAAAUCUCCUGUUGAAAAAAAGAAAGAAAAAGACCAUACUCCAUCCAAGGUACUAGUACUAGGCGUAGCCACCGUAGUCUGCCGUAGUUGUAGUGUCGAGUAAAUGCAUUGCUCGUUCAUUUAUUAUUGAUAAUUAUCACUCACUAACUAUACAAAUUAAUUAGUAUUAUUAUUUUGGUAAUAUAUCCCUUGAGCGUCGGUUAUGGAAUAAAUACUAUUGGUUUGGUUUCAAGUGGUGACACUAUGACUAUGAUGAUCACUGUCACUUAUUCUUAUCUGUUAUGUUCAUACUAAAUUCUAAAUGAUAUGAUACUGUGACUUUUACUUUUACUAAUUUAAAUUUAUAUUAUGAAGUGACUGGCUGGGGCGAUUUGAGUCCAAUAUUUAAUUGCCACUUCCCAGGGCAGUGAUCUAUUGCAGUGAUGCACAUGCACAAUCCAAUCAACACUUUCUGUUUCUCCCAUUUUGACAAAAAACAUGUUGUAACCAGCAAUAUAUUUAAAAUAGUGGUUUAUUUUUUUCUUUAUUUUCACGCUUUUCAAUUGUAGGAUUGAAGGCACUUUGGUAAAGCAAGGGUAAAGCGCGCCGGACGUCUAUCUCCCGCACUAUGUGUCCGGCGACCAAGUCACAUGACCGCCGUAACAAAGUGGCGAGAGAUAUCUUGUCGGUCAGCCUUGUCACGUGACUGCGAAUAAUUCAAAACUAUUGUUAAUUUUAAAAUCUAUUUCUCUACCAAGUAAUGUACUGAGUAUCUUGAAUGCAAAUAAUAGAAAAAAAAACUUAAGUGAAAGUGGCUUGUAAACAUUUUUGUUUAGUUUGUUAUUUGAGUUUGUGUACCAGUAAUCCAUAAAAUAAAUUAGGGGCCAGUGUGGAGUAGGCGUAGGCAACCAAUAAAAGUUAAAGUAAAAGAUUUCAUUUUAAAUUAUUUCAAUUGCUACAAAAUAUGUAAAAACUUCUCAUGAAACUACUGUUGCUGAGGAACAUGUUAAUAUAAAUAUAUACAAAAUAUUUUUAAUUAAAAUGGGUAGAAAAAAAACGACCCUAUCCCCGGUAUAGAUCCUCAAACCUUCCUAUCGUCAAGCAACCACUACCACAAGACCACACAAGAUGUACUAAACCGUACUUCGUUAGGAAUUUUAAAAACUACUAGUCGUCCGGCCAUGUCCGGCGGUCACGUGACAAGCCGCCGGACGUAUAUCUUGCGCACUACAUGUCCGGCGCGCCGGACGUGUAGACACUUCGAAAAUUUGUAUGGGAAAUGGACGUCAGUGCAGGAUAAUCCGAGUUUUUAAUUUUUGGACAUCAGUGUUUUUUAAUUAAUGAAGGUUUAUUUUGUCAUAAAAUUGUGGUAUCCUUCCACAUGGUCACAAUCGGGGACCUACAUUCCAACGCAUUUGCUUUGCCUUAUUUGAUCAACCUUAAUAUUGGAAAUUCAGAGGUGUAUAUAAGCAGACCUGUUUACCCUCAAACUCUUAAAAGCGUAUAAUAUCAUCACAAAAUCGUUCAAUACGUUAUAUUUAUAGUAAAAAAAUAAACAGUAUAUACAACCUAUACACCUAAAAAUCGUACAUUGUACGCCAAAAUCGUAAGAGUAAACAGGUCUGUAUAAGGCAUCUUUUCCUCAAAAUUUCUUUAUGAAAUUCAAAGACUAGGUCUGUUAAAUUAAAACUUUAAAAGCAUUGUAAUUGUAUAUUGAUGUAUAUGUGUACCAAUCUCAUUGAUGUAGGUCGUGUUCGACAUUCGUAAUGCUUGUCCUAGUAAUCUGCAUUUACAUUAGGUCGCUCAGCCUAAUUUCGAAAUGGUGUGGGCCAAGCCCUUUUUUAAUGGCGGCAGAUGCCGAUACAUAGGAAAUAUUCAAUUGUUACUACUAUUUACAUCAAAAUAUUUGAUAACUUGUGUUUCAGAAUGAACCUAGUUGUAAUUUAAACAAAUAUAUUUAAUUUGAGGUUUAAAACCUGGUAGUGUCCAAAUUAUAAAUGAUCAUAAUUUGCUGUGUGCAAAACGUCAUGGGCAGCCAUUCACAGUCACUUGCAUAAUGGCUAUGUCGUAGUACUAUCUCAUAGUUUCAUUCAUAAGAGUUUGCUGUGUGCAAAAACUAAUAAACCAUUGGUCAGGGAAAUAUUUAAUUUAUUAGUCAUCUGCCAUAGUUGAAAGUUCAAAAUAAGUAGUCCCCAAACAGUAUUUGAGUAAUAAGGGGAUGUGUUGCCUUAUAUAAACUAUAUUGUCAUUGCACAUGAAGUGAUCAGUGGAAUGAGGUCACAAAGUAUGGAGGCUUCACUUUGAAAAUUUGUAGUACUAAAGCUAAAAAGUUUAUUCUGGUUUCAUCUUUUUAUUUGAAAUUUGCUCUGUAAUAUUAAAAAAAAAUUUUGAAUUUUUUACACUGAAGUACCUAUCAAUUGUCACCAAUUUGUAACUAGCAAAAGUUCAACCCAAAAUUAAUUUACUGGGUAAAAUUACGCCAGGAAAGGGGUCAACCGCAGGUCAUUGACAAUUGACAAUACUUGCUUUGUACCUAGAGGAAUGCAAUAAAGUUGCUACACUCAGCACAGAAUUUAUGUAUGAGGAAGGAAGCAUUGCACAGUGAAUUAUACAAUUAUUGCUGUGCACUCUACCCAUCGCAUAAUAUGCUUAGGGCGCGUGUCACCCUACAUAUCACCAGCCUUUAUAUUACUAAUAUGGUAAUGAAACAUGAAUAUAUCAAGUUAAUUAAGCAAAUUCGUUUUGAAAUACUAAAGUUUUGAACAUCUAAUUUUUUUUUCUUUUUCUUUAGCUUUUUUUUAAAGCUGUUGCUUGCAUUCUCAACUCAAAAUUAAUUAGCAUAGUCUUUUUCUGUGACUGUCAUAGGGAAGGCUAAUGCUAUCAAAUUUAUAGUAUAGCGAUGAUCUGGAUAGUAAUGUAAAAUGAUAUUCACAGGUGGUGAUUAGACGCUUACCUCCAACCCUUACGCCAGAAGACUUUGUUCAGCAAGUUUCACCCCUACCGGAGUAUGACUUCUUCUAUUUUGUCAGAGCUGAUAUGAGGUAAAGUAAGCCUAGUUGGUUUUUUAACUCUACAUUUGUUUUAUUUAUUUAGUUUUUUUUUCUUCUGGAUAAUAAGAACUAAUAAUAAGAGAAGGGUUGAAUUUUACAACUUAAGUCUAAGAGUGAAGAGGGGAAACGGUCCAUGUUAAAUUUCACCUAAAAUAGACCAGUUGGAGAACGCAUUAGUUCUUACGCUGAUUGAAUUUAAUUUUAAAAUACCAAAAUUCUGCUGUGUUCGUGCUGGGAUUUAUUAUUUAAUGAUAAAAAUGAUGAAAACUUCACACUUAAAUUUUUUGUCUUUCUUUUUGUCUUUUAUUUAAUUAAAAAUUAUUUUAAAAUGACAAUAAAAUAAGUGUAGCGCUUAGAUUUUUUUCACGUUACAAUGUCAUGAAUUAUUUUUGCAAAGACAAUUUUUAAAUUCAAAGCCUUGGAGCCAAUGCUUUUACAAGAGCUUACAUCAAUUUCUUGGUGCCAGAUGAUAUUUUCAUAUUCCGGGACAAGUUUGAUGGCUAUGUUUUCCUUGACUCCAAAGGUAACAAAUUCUGAAAACUCAUUUGAUAUUCCGUUGUAAAAUACUCAAUUCUUUUCUUUACAAAAAAAAAAAAAGGGGCAGAAUUAUUUGUCAUUUACAUGUUGUUUUAAAGACUGGUUUAAAUUUGGUUUACUGCAAAAUUAAUUAUUAUUAAAACAGUAACUUUUUUUUUUUAAUUAUACUCAAAAAUUAAAACACGUUGUCAUGAUCCAAAUUUAAUUAUGAUAACGCUGGCUACAUUCAGACAAAGUUUGAUGGUUAUGUUUUCCUUGACUCCAAAGGUAACAAAUUCUGAAAACUCAUUUGAUAUUCCGUUGUAAAAUACUCAAUUCUUUUUUUUAAAAAAAAAAAAAAAAAGGGGCAGAAUUAUUUGUCAUUUACAUGUUGUUUUAAAGACUGGUUUAAAUUUGGUUUACUGCAAAAUUAAUUAUUAUUAAAACAGUAACUUUUUUUUUUUUAAUUAUACGCAAAAAUUAAAACACGUUGUCAUGAUCCAAAUUUAAUUAUGAUAACGCUGGCUACAUUCAGACAAGAUAAAAUCUUUGCUUUUUAAUUUCUUUCCAGGUGGAGAAUAUCCGGCCCUUGUUGAAUUUGCGCCAUUUCAAAAAGUGCCCAAGAAGAAGCCUAAAAAGGUGGAUGCUAAAAAUGGCAUUAUUGAACAAGGUUGCUACUUUGGAUAACUUUCCAUUUUUUUUGGCCUCAUUUCUAACAUUAUUAAAACUAGAAUCUCAAAACACUUAUAAUUUUUCAAUCCUUGUGAUAUGAAUAAGAAAAGUAAAGAUAAUGUGGUGAUGUUUUAUCACAAACAAUGUGCAUGAACUGCCCAACCACUCUGCCUGCGCUUAUGCAAAAUGUUUUUUUCAUUGAAAUAUUUUAAUUUGAAAUCUUUUUUGCACCUUUAUGAGAUAAUAUGAACAGCCAAUAUUUUACUCUAUUGUGUAUUUUAAAGUAAAGAAAUUCCCUUUUAAUCACAAAAAUUUCAAUUUCAUGGAAGUCACAAUUAACAUAUCACAGUAACUCUAAACACAUAAGUACGAUAUCAUCAAAACUACAUUUUUUUUCAAUUUAUUAAAGUUUAGGGCUUCCCCAUUUGUCGUAAAAAUAUUUUAAAUUGCAAUAGUCAGAACAUUUUCUGUUACAUAAUUGCAGUAAAUUUUUGAAAAGUCAGUGUCAAAAGCUAUUAGGUUUUUAAAAAUUGGAAAACCUGACUCAAGUAUUGAGAGAGCUACAGUGAAAAAUACCUGCUAUUGUGGAUAAUUAGAUUAACUGACAUUACAGAUAGCGAUUACAAGAAAUUCCUGGAGAAUCUGUCAAAACCCACUGAAGCUCCACCAGUAUCAUUGGAUGCAAUGGUCGUAGAAGUUGAAGCUAAAGAAAAUAUUAUCAGUGAGUAUAUGUGGAUUUCUUACUAGGCAUGUAGCUCCACUGAUUUUUAUUUCAUUAUUUUCUUGAUCUUGUUUCAUAAUUUGGUGCUUCAUUAACUUUUAUUAUGACCUGCAAAGUUUGGCUGCACCAGAUUUAUACUUUGGACUUGUCACUGAGAGAUUCCAAUCCAAGUUUAUAAUCUGACUUUACAUGAAAGUGCAAAUUGACCUGGUAGUCACCUUUUAGACAUAGCAGUUUCAUACUUGCCCCAAAAACCAAGGAGCUGUCAGGUUUAAUCUAUCAUUAAUAAGCCUGGUGACAUGUGCCUCCCAAUGGCCAAGUGAUUUUUUUUUCCCCUUUCACAGGACACCUGAAAGUUUCCCCAUUCUGUGUAAUUAUUUUCAUCAAGACCAGUUCUCCAUCUUAUAUCACAAUGUGACAAGACAUGUUUUGCUUAUCUCUUCAGCCAAGUCUGGCCUUUUGAAAAUGUCGACCCCUUUAUUAGACUACCUGAGGAAGAGACGUGAAGAGAGGAAACUCAACAUAGCAGUGAGUGGCACAUACUUUAAUGUGAUACAGUCAUGGGAAGGCUUAUACUUUGUCCACAUUUUAAAAUCCUUCAUAUUAAACUCCGCCUUACUUGUGGCUGGCAAAAUCUAAUUGACCCACUUCCCGUCGACCUAUCGAGCUGAAACGAUGGCUCUUAGACUCGUUGGCUCUUAGACUCGUUGCUGAUGGCAACACAUUCUAUAAAAUUUUCAGCCCCACACCCCAACACCCCAAAAAUCAGUUUUUCCUGUUUUUCAUGAGGUAGAUAAAGGAAAUAGGAUGAAAUAAAAUUUUCCAAUAACUGAGUUAAAUGGGAUUCUUUUUUUUUUUUUAAACUAUGGCAGGUGCGUUUUGUGUUUAAUAUUUUAUUUUGUUUUUAUGAAAUUGUGGGUGAACUAAAUCUGCGGUGUAAAAGCAGUAAUUAGAGUAUUAAUAUAGUACCGGCACGUGAAUAAAAUGUGAGGUUGCGAGCCUUGGAAAGGGGGGGGGGGAUCGAUCACUAAUUGGAAUUCUUAUAAAGUGAGUUACUUUUUAUAAAGGAUUUAUAUGAACAACUUUGUUUUUAGGGGUUGUUUGAUUCUAAUCACCAUAUUCAAUAUGUGUUCAAUGAUGUGUUGAUAAAAUUAUAAAGUAAUGGCAAGCAUCUUUAGGUACACCUUACAUUUACAUAUUUUGUUUACAGUGCUGGAAUGUGUUAGCAUUAAGUUAGAACACAAAGGAAAUCAGUUGCAAAUUUUGAUGGCCAGUGAGUUUGAUUUACGAAUGUAAAAUCAGGGUUGCAGCACUUGAAACAUUUAGACAAUUUAAUCUGCAUAUUUAAGACCCCCGUCUGAAGCAUGUCAUAAAAUAAAGAAAUCCCAAAAUUGAAUUAUUUUCUUAUCUUAAACAAAUUGUGGUUAAUAUUUUUUGUAAUAAAAAAAAUAAUAAAAAAUUAGUAUGUGGUUAAUUUCUUACUUGUUUUGUUUUAAAGAUUACAAUUCCCUUAAACAGUUCUGUUGAAAGUAUUGCAAAUUUUAUUUCAGGUUUCUUUGAGAAUUAUGCAUAAAUUAAAUCUUGAUACAAACUCUGUUUUAAAAAAAUGCAUUUUCAGAAACUCAAAGAAGAAAGGCGGAGAGGCGGUGGUGGCGGUGGAGGAGGCAGGGAUAGAGAUGACAGAAAAAGGUCAGGAAAAGACGACCUAGACAGGCGCAAGUCCUCUGAGAAGGACAGAGUGCGGGACAGAGACAGGGAUCGGCACAGGGAUAGAAAUAGGGAGAGGGACAGGCUGAGGGAGAGGGACAGACGACGAGAUAAAGAUUCUCACAGGUCAGAGAGAAACAAGGAGAACAAAGAUGAUGAGAAGAAGUGGCAUAAAGAUGGGGACAGGACACCUAAAACUGUAAGUUGGUGUUUUUCUUAAAUAACUCCAGGUUUGUGGUUGGGGCAAGGGGUCGGAAGAUUUCUCCCAGUUCAAUUACUUUUUUUUUUAAAAUAGAGAAUCGUUACAUACAUAGAAGAAAUAUACAUUUUUCAACUGAGAUAUGUUGCAACAUCAUUUUUUAAUACAUUUUUUCCCAGCUCUAUCAUUAAAUAGUUAAUAACAACAACAACAAUAAUAAUAAUGGACUAUGGUAAUAUAAAUGGCGAGGUUAUUAUACACAUAAAACAAAAAUACCUUGUAGAAAAUUUUGUCAAGUUGUAUGUCUUCAUAAUGCCUUUUAUUUUUUAAAUAUUAUUAUCUAUGACAGUGAUUAAGGAAACAAGUUUAUUCUUCUCUCAGGUGCUUAGAAACACAGAGAGGGAUUCUCAGAAUCAGGAUAAAGGAGGCCCAGAAAAAGCCAUCCCCCAGGAGCGAGAGAAGAGGGACAAUGAAAAGGAUGGCGCACAAGAUAGGCUGUCAGAGGAAGGGAAGGGAACUCGGGAAAGGAAAAGUGACGACAUUAGAGGAAAGAGAGGUUUGGGUGGAGGCGGGGGAAAGUGGGGGGAGGACAGGCGACGAGAUGACGACAGGGAUAGGAGAGGCAGUAGAGGUCGUGGCAUGGGAAGUGAUGAUGGAGGAAAACCUUAUAAAGAGGGUAGGGGUUAUCAAGGCUAUCGGGAUGACCUAGAUAGCCGACUACAAGAUAAGGAUAAAAAUCGGGGAGGGGGGGACAGAUAUGAAAAAGGGGGUGAUAGAUAUGAUAAAGAAAGAGUUAAUGAUAAAUAUGAUAAAGAAAGAGUGAAUGAUAGAUAUGAUAAAGAAAGGGUUAAUGAGAGAUACGAUAAGGAAAGAGGAGUUGAUAGGUAUGAUAAAGAAAGAGGUGGCGACAGGUAUGAUAAAGAUAGAGGUAGUGAUAGAUAUGAUAAAGAGAGGAGUGGAUACAAUAGUAAAUACAGAGAUGAUCGAUAUAAUUACAGAGAUAAAUACAGGGAUGACAGAGGGGGCAGUGGGAGGUAUAGGGAUGAGCAAAGAGGAGGUGACAAGGAUGAUAGGCGAG